AUGGUGUCCUGCUCUGACGAUGUCCAUCACAUGACCAACGAAAGCUCAGCAAUGAUUCAUCUGGGUCACAAGGCGGUGGGCCGUAAACGUAUUUGCACAAAUCUACAACUACAGCUCCAAAGCAACCCCCCAAAACCGCCGGUGGAACCAACUUACGAAUCCCUUCCACUUGCCUCUUCAGACGAAAUGAAAGGAACUCCAACAGGACAAUUGUAA